AGACCCCGCCUCUCCGCCUCCUGCCUGCCGCGGCCGCUCACGGCGCUCGCGCAGCGAUGGCGGAGGCUGUGGAGCGCACUGACGAGCUGGUCCGGGAGUAUCUGCUCUUCCGCGGCUUUACGCACACGCUGCGGCAGCUGGACGCCGAGAUCAAGGCGGACAAGGAGAAAGGGUUCCGGGUGGACAAGAUCGUGGACCAGCUGCAGCAGUUAAUGCAGGUGUAUGACUUGGCUGCGCUUCGGGAUUACUGGAGUUACCUGGAACGGCGACUCUUCAGUCGCUUGGAGGAUAUAUAUAGACCCACCAUCAACAAGCUGAAAACCAGCCUGUUCCGCUUUUAUCUUGUCUACACCAUCCAGACAAACAGAAAUGACAAAGCUCAAGAGUUCUUUGCAAAGCAGGCCACAGAGCUCCAGAACCAGGCCGAGUGGAAGGAUUGGUUUGUCCUGCCCUUCCUGCCAUCCCCAGACACCAACCCCACCUUUGCUACCUACUUCUCUCGACAGUGGGCCGAUACCUUCAUUGUGUCCCUGCACAACUUCCUGAGCGUCCUGUUUCAGUGCAUGCCAGUUCCCGUAAUCCUGAACUUCGAUGCAGAAUGCCAGAGGACCAACCAGGUUCAAGAAGAAAAUGAAGUUCUUCGCCAGAAGCUUUUCGCCCUCCAAGCCGAAAUCCACCGCCUGAAGAAAGAGGAGCUGCAGCCAGAGGAGGAAGAGGUCUUGGUCCAGCACAAAUUGCCUCCUUAUGUCUCCAACAUGGACCGCCUGGGGGACUCAGAACUGGCCAUGGUAUGCAGCCAGAGGAACACUUCUCUGUCGCAGUCGCCUCGAGUGGGUUUCCUGUCCUCGCUGCUGCCUCAGAGUAAGAAGAGCCCCUCAAGGUUGUCGCCUGCCCAGGGUCCCUCUCAGGCUCCGACCUCAGCCAGGAAAGAGCCUCUCAGCGGUCAGACCGCCAAGGGAAAGGAUGCGGCAUGCGGGCCCAAAGACGGGAAGAGCCUCUUUGGCGGGCUGGCGUCCGGGGAGUCCAGCUGGUCACAGCACCGGCAGCGGCGCCUGCAGGAUCACGGCAAGGAGAGGAAGGAGCUCUUCUCUAUGACUUUGCAGAGCGCAGAGAAGAAGGCUGAGGCUAGUGGCCCAGAGGCUGAGCCCUGCCCCGAGCCCCACGUGGAGGCACUGGAGACGCUGACGCGGGCUUCUGCAGCAGGUGCCGAGGGCGGAGGGGUCCGCCCCGAGCAGCCGUUCAUUGUGCUGGGGCAGGAGGAGUACGGGGAGCACCACUCCUCCAUCAUGCACUGCAGAGUGGACUGCUCGGGGAGGAGGGUCGCCAGCUUGGAUGUAGACGGGGUCAUCAAAGUGUGGUCCUUCAACCCCAUCAUGCAGACCAAAGCGUCCUCCAUUUCCAAGUCGCCGCUGCUGUCUCUAGAAUGGGCCACCAAGCGGGACAGGCUGCUCUUGCUGGGCAGUGGUGUGGGGACGGUGCGUCUUUAUGACACAGAAGCUAAGAAGAAUCUCUGUGAGAUCAACAUCAAUGACGAUAUGCCCAGAAUCCUGUCGCUUGCCUGCAGCCCCAACGGGGCCUCUUUCGUCUGUUCGGCCGCCGCUCCGAGCCUCGCUGCCCAGGGGGACUUCUCGGCUCCAGAUCUUGGCAGCAAGGGUACUAACCAGGUUCCCGGCAAGCUGCUGCUGUGGGACACGAAAACCAUGAAGCAACAGCUCCAGUUCUCUCUGGACCCCGAGCCCAUUGCCAUCAACUGCACAGCUUUCAAUCACAACGGGAACCUGCUGGUCACGGGGGCAGCUGAUGGUGUCAUCCGGCUGUUUGAUAUGCAGCAGCACGAGUGCGCCAUGAGCUGGAAGGCCCACUGCGGGGAGGUCUACUCGGUGGAGUUCAGUUACGACGAGAACACCGUGUACAGCAUCGGCGAGGACGGGAAGUUCAUCCAGUGGGACAUCCACAGGAGUGGCCUGAAGGUGUCCGAGGACAGCCUCCCCGCCGACGCCACCGGCCCCUUUGUGCUGUCGGGUUACAGCGGCUACAAGCAGGUUCAAGUGCCCCGGGGCCGGCUCUUCGCUUUUGACUCGGAGGGAAAUUACAUGCUGACGUGUUCUGCCACAGGAGGCGUCAUCUACAAGCUGGGUGGGGAUGAGAAGGUUCUGGAGAGCUGCUUGAGCCUGGGCGGCCACCGAGCCCCUGUGGUCACCGUGGACUGGAGCACGGCCAUGGACUGUGGGACGUGCCUCACUGCGUCCAUGGAUGGCAAGAUCAAGCUGACCACCCUGCUGGCUCAUAAACUCUGACGGGACCACCCCCACCCCCGAGGGACACCCACGGAGGCAAUGUUUUCCUGUUAUCCUGGGGGAGUGGAGUGACGGGACCCGAAGGCAGAGCACUCUGCUUCCUGCUCCUGGCCUGUGUGGAGACUCCUCAGGGAAAGACAGUCCAGGGAACUCUGGCUCUUUCCAGCAGCAGAGACCGGACAGGAGCCACACUGAGUCAUGGCACAAGUGCCCCCAGAGACCAGCGUGCUGGGCUGCGCAAGGGGCAUGCUUCAGGCGGCAGGGACGAAAGUUCAGAAAGCAGGAGAUGCAGCAUGAUGGCUGCUCUCUUGGCCUAGGAGGGAGUGACAGUAUUUUGUAUAUAUUUGCUCAUUUUUCCUUUUUUUUUUUUUUUUUUAAAAAAAGAAUAUUCUUGUGGUCA